AUGGAAGUGAUGUUGGGGAUUGUUUUAGCCAUCACCAUUUUCACAACCUUGGCAGCAGCGGCUUCAUCGGCAGCAUCUCCGGUGACGUUCGUCUUCGGUGACUCGUUAACAGAAGUAGGGAACAACAAUUAUCUGCAGUAUUCUCUUGCCAAGUCAAAUUAUCCAUGGUAUGGGAUCGAUUAUGCUGGUGGUCAAGCUACUGGGAGGUUCACUAAUGGAAGGACCAUUGGGGAUAUAAUAUCUGAAAAGCUUGGGAUCCCGUCACCGCCACCUUAUCUUUCUGUGUCACAAAAUGAUGAUGCAUUGCUCAAAGGGGUAAAUUAUGCAUCUGGUGGAGCAGGAAUUCUCAAUGACACUGGACUCUAUUUUAUUCAGAGAUUUUCCUUCGAUGAUCAAAUACAAAAUUUCAACAAGACAACGGAAGCCAUCAAGGCUAAGAUUGGGGGAGAGGCUGCAGCCAAGCUUUGCAGUGAAGCCGUCUACUUCAUUGGAAUUGGCAGCAAUGAUUAUGUCAACAAUUACUUGCAACCCUUCUUAGCUGAUGGUCAGCAGUACACUUACGACGAAUUCGUGGAACUCUUAAUCACCACUUUAGAGGGGCAACUUAUGAGGCUCUACAAACUCGGUGCUCGAAAGAUGGUCUUCCAUGGUCUCGGCCCCCUUGGCUGCAUUCCUUCUCAGCGGGUGAAAUCAAAGACAAGACAAUGCUUAAAGCGAGUGAAUGAGUGGGUUAUAGAAUUCAACUCCAAAGUACAAAAGCUAGUUGCAUCUCUCAACAGGCGCCUCCCAAAAGCAAAACUCGCAUUUGCAGAUACAUAUGGAGAUGUUUUCGACUUGAUCAACAACCCUACUGCAUAUGGUUUCAAGGUCUCUAAUACAUCGUGUUGCAAUGUGGACACAUCACUCGGAGGGCUAUGCUUGCCUAAUUCAAAAAUGUGUACAAACCGGAACGACUAUGUAUUCUGGGAUGCAUUCCACCCUUCAGAUGCAGCAAACGCAGUUCUUGCUGAUAAACUCUUCUCCAGACUAUUUCCUCAGCCCCCUUCCCUUGCACCGGCACCUUCACACUGAUUAGCAUCCGUCAUGCUAAAGCAUAUAUUGCUAGUGGUACAGACCUCAGUAAGGCAAUAAUGUACCAAGGAAUUCACGCUAACUCAGAGAGUUUCUAAAUCGGCACACUAAUGCAAAAAGGCAUCUGUUUGCCCAAAAUCAUGU